UCCUACCGACCUCAUCUCCUCACUUGCAACCUCCUCCUGGCGCCGCAUGACGUGGUACCAGAGUGGGACACGCUCGUGCCGAAUGUCCACAUCGAGUACUUGAUGCCGUCAAGCACAGUCUCCGGAACUACAGUGCGUUCCAUCAGCGUGGAGACUACAGGCAAUGCAGAGAAGUUUGUGAAGUAUACCGCCAAGUACCGUUACACAGUGGAUAUAAAUUACGAACUGGGCCAACGAAAGGACAAACCCCUGAAGGGUCUUUUCGAUGAAACAGCCGAAGCCGACGAGAAGGCCUCCUCAAGUUCGGAUAGCGAGCCAGAAGUGGAUGAGGAAACAACGCCAACACCUAGUGCUCCCGAGGAGGGGAAACAGGGGAUUCCUGCCUCCACGGCCUCCAAUGCCAACGAUCUCGCCGACAUAUUUGGCUAA